GUCUGGCCCGUGCCCGAUGGCAGCGGUGACGCGCCACGGCGAGGAGAUGUCACCGCCGGUCCUGCUGCUGCACGGCCGCCCUGUGUUGCGUGAGCGCGGUGCUUGACCCCCGCAUACGCAUCCGCUUGUCGCCAUGCGCAAGACUUCUCAAGACGGCGGAGAUUCAACAUCUAUUUCAAGUGGACUGGAAAACGACAUCUUAAAGCGACCCGGAGGAUUACUAAUGAAAACAAAAAAGACUUCUAUUAAAAGGAAGGUUCAAAACCUUAGUGAGUCUGACGAAGGAGUAGUAGAACCACUUUUACAAAGAGAUAAGGAGAGAACGGAGAGCGUAAACCAAAGUGCCAAAUUUUUGAUGUCCAAAUCUAAGACUGAGUCGACAAGCGAGAAGGGAGAUGAUAAAGACAAACUGCUCGCUGAUAAUCAAGCCUUAACAACUUCGAUGACGAGUGUCCCAGGAAUCACAGACAAUCAAACGCUCGCAAAUGGAAUAAAAGAUAUGCAAAUUAAUAAAUCAUGUGCAAGUUCAGCUCCUAUUCACAACCACAUGAACACAAACGUAUUUAGUACACAUGAUGGAGCCAAAACCGUUGGAGCACCUAAAACUCAGAUUCUUGUGGAAAUUGAUGGAAACAAAACUUACAAUCCAAGUCCAUUAAUAUUUACGACUGCUAAAAUUCACACAGAUGGAAAAACUAAACCAAUGGAACCUGUGCAAGUAACGCCUGUGCCAAUUUUAUCGACUAUAGAAGGUAGUGUUGUUAAAUCUGGAACCACCACUGAUAAAUUAAAAUUCACAAGUGGAACAACAAUAAAAGAUGACGUUCUAAGUAAUUUAAGUAAGACUAUAUCGGCUAAGGACCAGCUAAAUGUGUCCAGCUGCUCAGGUAAUAAUGCAACUUCUUAUUCGGGAGCAUCAGGUAAGGACACAAUUUCAACUAUUUCUGAAAACAAAAAGCCAAACACAUCAAUUAAGACCACAACUGUAAGCACAACCAUAUCAAAUGUGACAGAUAAAAUACCUAAAGUUACAUCUUCAGUAGAUUAUGUCAAAAGCAUAACACAAUUAAAAACUGCAGUGUCCUCACCUAUAUCUUUGCCACAAACCGAAUAUUUUACAAUUUCUGAGAUUGCAAGAACAACAGCAAUAGACAGAAAUUGUAAAUCAGUGCCUGGUACAUCAAAUACCGUAUCUCAUGCAAAUAUUUCAAAAAUAGCUAACAUCAAUGAUAAACUUGAAACAAAGUCACAAAGUAAAAUAGAUACUGCUGUCAUCAGAGAAGUAGAGGUAGACGUGAAUAAAAAUGUUCAAACUGUAAGCAACUCUGAUUUUGAGAAAUCAGAAACAUCUAAAGAAAUAAAGUCAACUGUAAAUACAAAAGAUGAAGAGAAUCUUCCAAAUAAAAGUAAAAUUAAUAGAAUCACAAGUAGCUCUAUUAGCAAUAAACAAUUACAGCGUCAAAAGUCAACCGUAGAAGAUGCAAAGGACUCGGACACUGGUGUUAAACAAAAUGUAACUAAAAAGGAUUCUUCAGAUAUAACUAAUAAUAAAAUAACAGGUAAUGAAAAGACUGUAGUUUGCUCGCCAAAAUCAAAUGCCAGUAGCUCAAUUCCGGUUUCAAAAAUGUCAACAGCAGGGAAAACAACUGUUCAAAGUACCAUUCCAACAAAAUCGACAAUAUCAACUUCAAAGGUACCAAGUACUUUGAAUAAACUAACAGGAGUAGAUGGUAAAACAACGUUAGUUGCACCCAAAACUUCUACUACACCAUCAAUAAAAGAAACGCCUAACGUGACUAUCACGGGAUCACUAUCUAAACCAAGUACUACUAAAAUAACUACUGCAGCAAGUACAAAUCUUGUAAAAACUCUAUCAACAGGAGGCACUAAAUCAGUACCUAGUACUACGACAUCUAGUUCUCAGAAAAAUACAUCCAGUUCAAUUCCAAAAUCUACAGCAGCUACUGGUCAAUCGACGACAAGCUCAACUAAGCCUUUAAUAGUUUCAACUGUAAAGUCUACGCCCACGGCGGCUACUACAAAACCUUCUACAUCUUCAGCUUUGUCUAAAACAUCAACAGUUACAACUAUGAAAGCCUCAGUAACCAAAGCUCCGAGUGCGACUAAAGUAACACAUUCAAAAUCCGCUACAAGUACUGCAGCUACGGCAAAAACAGCUCCAAGCAACCAAGAUGAUCCAAAAACGAACGAUAAGAGUAAAGACGAUAAAUCCAAAGCUUAACAUUUAUAGUUAACGAAUUUUAAAUUAGGAAAUAAUUGGCUCAAGUCUCAGUGAUACUUUGUUACUUUCUGUUAAAAAGUUUCGUGUUCUGUCGUAUAGUUAGUGGUCAAAUAAUACUUGAACAUAUAGGUUGCGUGUGUCGUUUACUCGUGUAGAAUCUCCUCAAUUCCUCGCUCUAAUGCUAAAAGCGUAUAUUGUUACAAAUCUAAAGUUGUAAAUAGUUUUGUGAACAUUAUGUUAUUACUUUGACUUAUAAUUUUGAGGACCGAAUUGUGCGCGUGAUUAGGCCAAAUUAUAUUUAUACUACACUUACUCGGAAAGUGCCUAUCUGACCUUCACGUAACACGUGAAAGGAACAUCCAAUAUAGGUUAGAUAGGUCAUUUUCAUAUGUACCUCAGUGAGAGCGUUUCUAAACUGUGCUACCACGGAGUGGAUGUACAUAUAAAUCAAUAAAUUUGAAAAAUGCACGCAACUCUCCAUCUCCUUUUAUAUUGUACAACAUGAAAAUGAUUAGGAAUAAAAAAGGUACUAAGUAUACUUAAUUCCCUUGUAGGUGUAGUAUAAAGCACUAUGUGUCACUCGGAAGAAAGUACCUAUG